AUGGUCGUACUCGCUAUAGUGCUCUCCUUCGUCUACGUUCUAGCGCUUCUGACGCGUCCCGCGUUCUUAUUCCGUCCCGCGGUGCCUGAGCGGCAGGCGACGGCGCUGCCGCAGAGCGGGUGCGAGGCGGCGCGCAACUGCACGGGGACGCUGCUGGACCAAUACGUGUACCAAUGCCAUGACGCGGAGUUCAGGUGCGCGAUUCCCCACCCCCGCGACGUCGAAGAUUCCUCGGAGCCCCUUCCAAGCUUCUUUCGGGUUUUGAAUGUGCGUGCGCACCCCUGUGCUUGCCGCUCCGAGGACCCUGAACCACGCAUGAGGGCGGCACUCGACGGCGCUGCAUUCCCCUCGCGCCGCUGUCCCCCGCGCCGCGUUCCCCCGCGCCGCGUUCCCCCGCGCCGCUGCCCCCCGCGCCGCGUCCCCCCGCGCCGCUGUUCCCACGUGUCGCUGUCCCCUCCCCCGUGUUCCCCCGCCAUUGUUCCCACGCGCCGCUUCCUCCACGCACCGCCUCCCCGCGCAUUACUGCUCUUUUGGAAGGACACGGGGCAGAGGAUGCGGGGGCGGGAGAAGGGCGGGCGGUGGACGGGGUACAUCCUGGAGGUGACGCUGCACCGCUGGCUCAACAAGUCCGCCACCAACCGCUACAAGUGGUGGCACUUCAUGACGCUCAUGGUGGGCACUUCAUGA